AUGCGUAACCUUUCUAGCGAUGGCAUGACCUCGAGCUCGGUUGACGACUCAUACCUAGCACCUGAAGCCCAAGGUUUUCAAGAUUCGGUGAGCAAGAGGCGUCGGCACGCCAUGUACUUCCAUCGGCCGCCAGUUUGGCGCUAUAGUUCAUUCCAAGAUGGGAGCUCGUCGCCGGACAUGUCUGAGGAUUUGAAUGGUAGUGACAGAGUAACGGAGGACAACAUUUCCAUUAGCUCUCUGGAUUUGUCCAAUAACCAGAAAGGCGAUACAGCGCCAUAUGUGAUUCUUGAUGAUUCCGACUCGGACCACGAGACUCCUCUCCUGGAGCGCGACUCAUACGGUAAAGUGGCCCUGCCUGACUGUCGGGUCUCAACGGAAACAAUCCCAGACCCUUUGCACCAGAAGAAGCCGGUGUUCUGCACUCGCCUGCAUUCAUAUAAGGACAUUCGGCUAGGGCUGGGAGAGCAAUGGGCUAUUGAAGAGGGGUCGCUGAUCAUUGGCGUAGGCUCAGAGUAUACUUUACUCCAAAGUUACGAAAGAAGGGCAGAUGAAUUUGAGGUUUCUGGUGGUGACGUCUAUGUGGUGUGUUCCUUGUAUGCGGACCUGUGGGCGCUGUGCGCGAAGGUUUCAUCCAAUCCGUCACCAGAAGGGAAUGAUGCUACCCGGCUUGCUUUCCUUCCCCUAUGUGCGGUAACAUUGGCACCAAACUAUAGCGCAUUCAUCCAGCGGAGUAUCAGAUGUGCUCAAUACUCCGAACCGCACGCGGAAAGAUAUCCUGGGAAUGGGCUGCCUGUCAUGCCUCCGCGACGUUCACAUAGCCUGACUGCUAGCAACCAGAUAUUUCGCGGUCCCGACAGUCAGAUGUCGUUACCGCUGACUGUUCGUGAUAUAUUUCGAAGUCUUGUGUUGAAACAUACGGAUGACGAUUUUGUGCCGCUAGACUCCACAUUGGAGCCCAUAUUGUCGACGUUGACAAGCAGACGAUGGCGUUUUCUAAGUAGGGUGGGGCGCAUCAGAUAUUCCUCGAAAUACCGACAGAGUGGCAGGCAUCAUAUGAGACGAAAGUACGAUUACAGCCCGAAUCAAUCAUCUGAACCCGCCCACGAAACCGUUAAUUCAAAACCGAAUGGAUGGCGAGGACUGCGCAGGUGGCAAAGGACUCCAUCAUGGGAUAGCCAGAAAUUCAAAUGGCUGUCGUGGAAAUCUGAUCAUAUCAAUCCGUAUUGA